AAAAUUCAUGAAACGGACGCGAGGCGACAGUAUACUACCAUUUUACCCAUCGCAUCUGCCAUCUGCCAUCUGCAGAAAUGCGCCUACGCGUCUCUGUCCGGGCCGGCCACCAGCCAAGACUGGUUCCAUCCAUGAGUUGAAAAGCCCGACUCCACCAUUCACCCAUCGCCGGCUGACUGACCUUUCGCCUGAUCGGAAAACAAAGUCCACCUCCUGCUUAUCUCUUGCCUACUUGCUUUAGAUGACUCUGUCUAAGAGCUUCAACAAAGUUGUGCCCCUGCCCAGCUUUGCUACAUUCUGCAGUCGUACUUUGAUCGGCGGCUUGUCGAUUUACCCGGGCAAGGCUGCCGGAUAAGCCGCGUCCUGUAUUUCGGUGGAAUUGUCUCUUCGGGUUGGUCAGAUGGCAAGCAUACUAGAUUAUCUUGUCAAAUCAUGUGCCAAGAAGUUGGAAGCUAUCAUUACGGAUGAGGCACUUCUGAUUCUAGGAGUACAAGAAGACCUCAAACAAAUGCAGCGAACAAUGACCCAGAUACAAUGCUUUCUCGAUGAUGCCGAACAAAGGGGAACACAAGAGUCAGCAGUUAAUAACUGGCUUGGUGAGCUGAGAGGUGCUAUGUAUUAUGCCGACGAUAUUGUCGACUUGGCGAGAUCUGAAGGCGGAAAGCUUCUACUGGAACGGGAUCCUUCAUCGUCAUCAAGAAAGGCAACUACAUGCAGUGGCCUUCCGUUUCUCAAUUGCAUCUCUCCUAUUCAGAAGCGUCACAAGAUUGGUGUUCAAAUCCGGGACUUCAAUGCUCAACUUGACAAGAUUUCAAACUUGGGUGAAAGAUUUCUCAAGCUUGCAAAUAUGCAGCCUAAACCACAAGUUCUGACUGUGAAGCAUAUAAGAACUAGCCACCUUGUGGAGCCUAAUCUUGUGGGAAAGGAAACUUUACACGCUUGCAAAAGUUUGGUUGAACUGGUUAUUGCACACAAGGGAAAGAAGCCAUACAAGGUUGGUAUUGUUGGAACAGGAGGGAUUGGGAAGACAACUCUAGCCCAAAAAGUAUAUAAUGACCGGGAAUUAAAAGGAACCUUUAUCAACCAAGCAUGGAUAUGUGUUUCUCAGGAGUACUCUGAAAUAUCUCUUUUGAAGGAAGUCCUGCGGAAUUUUGGGGUACCCCAUGAGCAAGAUGAAACUGUGGGAGAGCUCAGCAGCAAGCUUGCAGUCGCCAUCACAGAUAAAAGUUUCUUCAUUGUGUUGGACGAUGUUUGGCAGCCUGCGGUCUGGACCAAUUUACUGAGAACUCCAUUACAUGCUGCUGCAACAGGAGUAAUUCUAGUGACCACUCGGCAUGAUACAGUUGCACAUGCAAUUGGCGUAGAAGAUGUGCAUCGAGUUGAAUUGAUGUCAGCAGAUAUAGGGUGGGAGCUGCUUUGGAAGAGUAUGAACAUUGAUGAAGAAAGAGAUGUGGAAAGCCUUCGGAAUAUAGGGGUAGAAAUUGUCCAUAAAUGUGGCAGACUUCCCCUCGCAAUCAAGGUUACUGCUAGUGUUCUAGCAACUAAAGAGAAAAGUGAGAGAGAAUGGAGAAAGGUUGCAAAAAGAAGUGCUUGGUCUAGGGGUAAUCUUCCUACUGAGCUCAGAGGUGCCCUGUAUUUGAGUUAUGAUGAUCUACCACGGCAUCUGAAGCAAUGUUUCCUCUAUGUAGCCUCAUAUCCAGAAGAUUGCCGCAUGAGUCGUGAUGAUCUUAUCAGGUUCUGGGUAGCUGAAGGUUAUGUGGAGGAGCAUGAAGAACAACUUCAAGAAGAUACAGCCGAAGAAUAUUACUAUGAGUUGAUACAUAGGAACCUCCUACAACCAGACCAUUUCUAUGCAGACCGUAGUUGGUGCAAGAUGCAUGAUCUUUUAAGGCAGCUUGCUCAACAUAUAUCUGGAGAAGAAAGUUUUUGUGGAGAUCCACAAUCACUGGGGCCUACAACUUUGUCCAAGCUAAGACAUGUUUCAGUCGUCACUAACAAGGAUUAUGUAGCACUGCCCAAUAUGGACAAAGUGAUGAUUAGAGCAAGGACACUGUUGAUUUUUUCCAUCAAGAGAUCAAGUGUUGAGAAUACAAUUUUCAGGAGACUUUCAUGCAUUCGUGUUUUAGAUCUGACUAAUUCAUCGAUUCAAAGCAUUCCAGAUAGCAUUGGAAGUUUGAUCCAUCUAAGACUGCUUGAUAUUAAUGAUACAAACACAUCUUAUCUUUCGGAGUCCAUCGGUUCCCUCAUGAACCUUCAGACACUGAACCUGGAAAGGUGCAAAGCUCUGCACAGUCUUCCUUUGGCGAUCACUGAAUUGUGCAAUCUAAGGCGCCUUGGUCUGACUAGUACUCCAAUAAAUCAGGUUCCAAAAGGUAUUGGCAGAUUAGAGUUCCUCAAUGAUUUAGGAGGAUUUCCUAUUAGUGGUGGAAGUGACAAUGGAAAAACACAAGAUGGAUGGAAGUUGGAAGAGUUGGAACAUCUCUCACAGCUAAGGCAGCUUGCUAUGAUUAACUUGGAAAGAGCAACUCCUCGUACUAGACAUUCAUUGCUAGCAGACAAGAAAUACCUCAAACGUUUGAGACUAUAUUGCAGAGUUACAUAUGAACCAGAUACAGAAGAUGUUGAAAAUAUUGAGAAGGUCUUUGAGCAGCUAAGCCCUUCACACAACCUAGAAUAUCUAGUCAUUGAUGGAUUCUUUGGCCGGCGGUAUCCCACAUGGCUUGGUACCACCCAUGUGUCGUCACUUGUAUACUUGACACUCAGAGAUUGCAAUUCAUGUGUACAUCUUCCAUCAAUCGGGCAGCUGCCCAGCUUGAGAUAUCUGAAAAUUCAUGGAGCAGCAGCAGUUACAAAGAUUGGACCCGAAUUUGUUAGCUGCAGGGGGGCUAAUCCCACAUCCACGGAUGCAGUUGUUGCUUUCCCCAAGCUUGAAACAUUGAGAAUUCAGGAUAUGCCCAGCUGGGAGGAAUGGUCCUUUGUUGAAGAAGGGGAAGAGGAUGGAUAUGUUGAGAUGCGAAAGGGGGGAGCCUUGUCUCCAAAGAUGCAGAUGCUGCCAUGCUUAAAAUUGCUGAUACUUGAAGGCUGCCCCAAGCUGAGAGCUCUCCCGCAACAGCUUGGACAGGAGGCAACCAGCUUGAAAUCCCUCCAUUUAAAAGGAGCAAGCUGCUUGAAGGUGUUGGAGGACUUCCCGUUCCUCUCUGAGAUGCUUGUGAUCGCUGGAUGCCAAGUCCUGGAGAGGGUUUCAAACCUUACUAAACUGAGAGAGCUCCGUGUGACAGGUUCUCCAAACUUGAACCUAAAGUUUGUUGAGGGAUUGCGUUUGCAGCAGCUGUGGCUGGAUGCACAACAUCUCUACCCCGUUGGCGCCGGGGCUUCAAGAGCAGCAGAGGAAACUUAACGGCGAGGACAUGGAUGUCUGCCUACACUACACCUAAUUAAUACUCCCUGUGUUAACAAAUAUAAGACGUUCAAACUUUUUUGUGAAUCGGAUGUAUAUAGACACGUUUUAGUGUAUUUGUUCACUCAUUUCAGUCCGUAUGUAAUCCAUAUUGAAAUAUGCAAAACAUCUUAUAUUUGUGAACGGAUGGAGUAGAUGGCAGCGGAGACGCAAGGUACGAGCACUGGUUAGACAUCUAAUCUUCUUAUUUGGUCUGUGUUCUCCCCUGUUAGAUCGUGCAUCUAGUGCUCUGCUCAGGCUAUGUGUACUAUUUUCUUACAUAAGUACAAAUUCAUGACCCUCUAAGGUUGAAAUUGAAUUUGCGUACCUUCCAUAAUAUAGUGCAGUCAAUCAAGAUAAAUGCAGAGAUUAUUCUUCAACUAUAAUACCUUGUACUCUUUGGUGUUCCUACUACUGGUACUGACCGACAGCAUAUAUAUAUAUAUCGAUGGGGUUGCUAAAAAACUAGCAAUGCACACAAAACUACAAAGCUCGUGUUACGGUCCUAAUGAAUAUUGAUGCUGCAAAUCCUAUUGUGAUGUUGAAGUCUGAUGUGCUUCACUAAUGUACAUAUCCAUAUCCAAAAGUAGCUUACCAUUUAGAUGAGAUCGGUAGCAACUCAGAAGUUCAAGUAUCAGAUUGGGAGGGGGGCAUCAGGUCUUGAAGGACAAGAGGGCAGUAGCGGUGAAAAGGUUGGCAGACAUAAACCAAGACGAAGAAGAGUUCCAACAUGAACUGAGUGUGAUUGGAAAGAUUUACCAUAUGAAUCUGGUGUGGGUUUGGGGAUUCUGUUCUGACGGUCCACACAAGAUAUUGGUUUUAGAGUAUAUUGAGAAUGGUUCCUUGGAUAAAACUCUGUUUAGUAGGAAGGGCUCACAGAUAUUACUUGAAUGGAAUGAAAGAUUUAAGAUUGCUCUAGGGGUGGCAAAAGGAUUGGCUUAUCUUCAUCAUGAAUGCCUGGAAGGGCUCACCGACUUUGGCCUUGCAAAACUUCUGAAUAGGGGUGGAUUGAUGCGGAGCAUUCUACGAUCAUCCCCAUGUACACUCGAACAUACGUCAUUGGACACAAGGUGAACUCGCUCCUUUCUGAAUCUUCUCUUUCCACAUGUAAGACAUGGAUGCUACUUCAAGCGCGGACCUUGUGCAUACUCAGGUACACCCGAGGAGACCAUAAAGAGCCCAAGGACCAAGGCCAAACGUGCACGGAAGUGAAGGAAGGAGAAGGAAGAAGGGCCAGCUGCUACAGCGGCCGAACAUCCGGCCCCAGCCCCGGAAAUCCGGCAUCGGCCAUCCAGGGAGCACCGCAAAGGUCCAGCGCCGCCCGGACAUCCGGCCAUCAUCCCGGACAUCCGGCUCCUCCCGAAGCCUCGGACUUCCGGCCCCUUCGCCCGGAAAUCCGGCCCCUCCAUCACCGAAUGCGUCUGGAAGACCCAGGCCAGCCCGGACAUCCGGCCACCCAGCCCGGACAUCCGGCCCGUCACGAAGCCCCGGACAUCCGGCCCCCAGCCCGGACAUCCGGCGCCUGUCUGCGCACAGU